AAGAAAAAUGACAAUCUUUAUUACUAUUACUCAAACGCCACUGGCUUCAGAUAGUGUAUCUGUAUUUACUCCUGGGAGGGUCAUUGCAAGGUGAUUAGGUGGACCUUAUUUGAGAUUUGAUUCAGGAUGACAGGGAGACAUUAUCACCAUUAUCUGAGAGAGGAAAACAUUGGUGCCAGUCUAGUCCUGAGGUGGAUAAGGCUGGAGCUGACGCUCUGUUAAUGGUGAUGAAGAGACAGAGAUCUUGGGGGAACAGGGAGCUCCUGGGAAGCAACACAGAGGACAACACAGACAACAGUGAACAGGAUGAGCCAUCCUCUCAGAGGUCAUCUUGGUUCCUGGCGGACACCAUGAACUACGUUGGCCAGCUAGCAGGUCAGGUUCUGGUGACUGUCAAAGAACUGUAUAAGGGCAUUAACCAGGCCACAUUGUCAGGCUGCAUCGAUGUCGUGGUUGUCCGUCAGAGAGAUGGCACCUACCAGUGCUCGCCGUUCCAUGUGCGCUUUGGUAAGCUGGGUGUGCUGCGCUCCAAAGAGAAAGUGAUCGACAUCGAAGUGAAUGGAGAGCCUGUAGACCUGCAUAUGAAGCUUGGUGACAAUGGAGAGGCCUUUUUUGUGCAGGAAGCCGAGCAACAGAAUCAGAUUGUUCCUGCCCAUUUGGCCACCUCCCCAAUCCCCACCGAGAGUCACCUGUUCUGGAUCUCAGAGGUGGAGCACAGGGCACCAAAAGAUUUGGAAGAUGACCCUGCCGACCCAGAGGACCCUCCCGAACCUCCUGCUCCAAGCACCGUUGCCACAAAAAAGAAGAAAAGACGGAGAAAGAAGCACAAAGGAGACCCCCGUAGAGAGGAACUGACCCCACCGUCAGUCACUACUGGUAAUGCUGUUGCUGCUAAUGCACCUGCUGCUACCACUGCUGCUAUGUCUAGUACUGUGCAAAAUGAGGAAAUCUUUGAAAUGGAUCUCAGCUCUGACGAGGAAGCUACAGUUCAUGUAUCAAGGUCACCUUCAGUGACUACAGUGCGUGACAUUGACCCUAAAUUACCCGCAGCCAGACACAGCCUUGAUGGUUAUCCAUUGUCUGAUGGGGACUGGCCAGCUAGUGAUGGCCAUGGCUUGUCACAGGCCUUUUCCCCAAAGAGUGACUCAGAACUGGUGGUGAGGCCUUCAGAGAGUUUGCUCAGAGCUGAGUCUCACAUGCAGUGGACAUGGGGAGAAUUUCCAGAAACCACAAGGGUCACCAAGAAGGAGAAAUCAGAACCAGUGAAAACAGUGACUAUCACCCCAUCAGAGAGCACCCAUUUCCGUGUCAUCCUCAGCUCAGAGGCCAUGGAGAAUGAGACAGAGGUUGAAAAAGAAGAUGCCACCUCCUCUUCAGUGUGUAACAUUGUCAAGCCUGAGCCACGCACCCCUGUCACCACUGUAACACCUGUGAGUCCAAUAUCUUCUGUUAGCCCGGAAGCCCCUACAGAACCCCUUGAUAUCCUGCAAUCAAGCAUAGCAACCUCCACCGCUUCCAGUAACCAGCAGACAGAUUCACCAUCAAAGAAGAAAGGCGUUCCGAAGAGGAGCCAGCAUCAGGGUCCUGAGGAUAUCUACUUAGAUGAUUUGAAUGUACUUGAACCUGAUGUUGCUGCACGAUAUUUUCCUAAGAGUGAGACUGAGGCAGCUGCUAAGCACUGGAUUGACUCAGAGAUGCGCUCUGGCUCACAGUCCCCUCAGUCGGUGGGUAGUGCUGCAGCUGACAGCGGGACAGAGUGUCUCUCUGACUCAACUAGUGACCUCCCUGAUGUUACCCUUUCUCUGUGUGGAGGCCUGACAGAAAAUGCUGAAAUAUCCAAAGAAAGGUUUAUGGAGCAUAUCAUUACCUAUCAUGAAUUUGCUGAAAAUCCAGCAAUUAUAGACAACCCCAACCUGGUAGUAAGGAUAGGAAAUAGAUAUUAUAACUGGACCCUAGCUGCACCUUUGAUUCUAAGCCUUCAAGCAUUUCAGAAGAAUUUACCAAAGGCUACAGAGGAGGCCUGGGUGAAGGAGAAAAUGCCAAAGAAGUCAGGCCGCUGGUGGUUCUGGCGUAAGAGGGCGGAUAGCACAAUCAAGCAGUCGGAGACUAAGCUCGAAACUAAGGAGGAACCACAUUCGGGAGAGGAAGGACCCUCCACAUCUCAGGAGAAGCUGGCCUUAACGCCUAAAGCAAGAGACUCAUCCAGUGAUGAAGAGGCCAAGGAGGUGAGCGCAGCAUCCUGUCAAGAGAGACUGCAGCCAGUGGAUGGUCAGCACCAUCCCAGCCCACACACAUACAGAAAGUCACUACGGCUGUCCUCUGAUCAGAUUGCUAGUCUGAAACUCAAGGAGGGGCCAAAUGAUGUGACAUUUAGCAUCACCACUCAAUACCAAGGCACAUGCCGCUGCGAGGGUACAAUCUACCUGUGGAACUGGGACGACAAAGUCAUUAUCUCUGACAUUGAUGGCACCAUCACAAAGUCAGAUGUAUUUGGACAGAUACUUCCACAGUUGGGGAAGGACUGGACUCACCAGGGGAUUGCCAAGCUCUACCACUCUGUAGCUGAAAAUGGCUACAAGUUCUUGUACUGCUCAGCCCGGGCAAUCGGCAUGGCGGACAUGACAAGAGGUUACUUACAGUGGGUCAAUGAUGGAGGCACCAUCCUACCCCGAGGACCUCUCAUGCUCUCUCCCAGCAGCCUCUUCUCUGCUUUCCACAGAGAGGUCAUCGAGAAGAAACCAGAGAUCUUCAAGAUUGAAUGCCUUACAGACAUCAAGAACCUGUUCCAGCAUAACAAGCAGCCAUUUUAUGCCGCCUUUGGGAAUAGAGCUAAUGAUGUGUUUGCCUAUAAGGAAGUCGGCGUUCCAGUGUGCAGAAUUUUUACAGUUAACCCAAAGGGAGAGCUGAUCCAGGAGCAGACCAAGGGUAACAAGUCCUCUUAUGGCAGACUGAGUGAGCUGGUGGAGCAUGUGUUCCCUUUGCUGAGCAAAGAGCAGAACGAGGCCUUUGUAAUGCCAGAGUACAGCUCUUUCUGUUACUGGAGACAGCCGAUACCAGAAAUCAAUCCAGAUGAACUGCUCUGAGUCGGUGUGUAUUGAUACCCAGCUAUACAGUAACAUUCAAAUGAACUGUGCACCUGAAUGCACCUCCUAAAUACAUGUGAAGUGGAACCAGAAUUGUUCCUGCUAAUUAGACUGACACACACAACACACAGUAACCAUGAAGUCAAAAAAGCUGGUAAACUGUAUUUACUUGAGAGAUGAGUGGAGAUUAUCAGAACAGUAAAUCCUGAUGAGUGAUAACGUAGCGUUUAUCCCAGGGAGACACUCCACUUAUGCCUCUGUGUGAAGGCAUCCUGCCCAGUGAUAACUUUCUAGUCCAUGUCCAUGUACAGACUUGGCAGUUGAAGACCCAGCUAAUAUCUCUGUAAACUUGUAGAAAGCCAUAAACGACGCAGGCAGAAGUUCCUCACGAGGAGCUCAGAUUCUGAUCUGAGCAGAAGUAAUUUAAGAAACGCCCUGAAGAAGUAAAACGUAAUGUUUUAAAUGGAAAAGGCACACAUUUAAUUAAAACAGGACAGGCAAUUAACACUGGGCAGUGGUUAUGCGCCACUCAUAUUUUACUGUAGGUGCUGUGUUUGCCCAGAAGCAAGUAACCAGCCUUUAAUUGGAGGCUUUAUUCUGUUCUAAAAAUACAGUAGUGAUAGAGGUUGGCAAAUAACAGAAUAACACAAACACAGAACCGUCCACAGCCGUUAGAUUUCAGGAACUCACUGCAGUAAGUGUUCAGUUGUCCUCUCGUUCCUGACUCUUGCCUGACUGUGCAACAGAUUUCACACGGCCGCUACACAGCGAGCCGUGUUUGGUACUGUUAAUAUCCAAGGUCGUACCUCGGAUAUGCUUUCACCAAGUAUGUGAAGAUGCACAGUUUGCUGUGACUUAAAAAAAAAAAAGCAGCAGCUUCAUGGUGUAUUGUCUUGCUGUUGUUUUAAUAUGUUUGUUCUGUUAUGCAAGCUCUGGCAAAUCAAGUGUGUUUAGUUAACAAUGGAGUCAUUAUUUAUGAUGAUCAAUGUAUUUAAGUUAUUGAUUUCUAUUGUGAGGCCUUUGCUUGUCUGAAAAAAUAAUUGAUCACCAAUGCAAUAUUUCAGAUUAGUAUUUUUGUGAGGCUGAUCACAGACUAACAUGCACUGCUAGGCCUUGUACAAGCUUUCUUUGGUCACGUCUCCAGCAACAAGCCUGUAUUUCUUUUAUUAACAGUGAAUUUUUCAACAUGUAAGGCACGUAGACAUUCCUGAGCAAAACCUCAGAAUCUGUAGUAUUACCAGAUGUGUGUAAAUGUGAGAGAGGAUGCUUGAGAUGGAACAGUGGAUAUAAGCAGAUUUGAAAAGAGCUUAAAAUGAAGGAUUGUGCUUUGUGAGGUCCUCCGUAGGAAGGACUGCAGGAUGAUGGAAGUGUGUGUGUACCUAAUCACAGAGUGCUGCUGCUGUUGGGGUGGCAGCAUCCUGCACCCUUUGCUUAGGUUCCCUCGGUGGCUUUAUCCAGCGCACUUUGUCAAACUUGCACCCAGAAACUCAAGACUUACAACUCAGCACAUCUCCCACCCACAUGCACUUCACCGACAGUCUAAGUAGACAGUAGACCAGAGUAUGCAAUUACUGCAGCAUAAAGAGUUUGAGUUUUACCUUCUUGACUAUUCAGUUAAUCUGAAAUUUGUCUGUUAGUGAGUUUUGAGAAGCUUAGCUCGUUUCGAGUAGCUUUUUUUUGUGUAUGUUUUUAAGGCAGAGAAAAAUGAUGAUAAUUUGGGGUAACAGGCAGCAAGGUAGUAUCAGAGCCACCCCUUAGCCUCAAUGUGUGUGCUUGAGUGCGUGAGACAGAAAAGCCUGAUUCCCGUGCCUCUGGUGACCAGAGGAAGAUAAACUGUUUUUGGAGAUAAACAGGAAAUACUUGACUGUACAGGAAGUGUUUAAGGCACUUCCCCGGCAUUAUCUAUGUAUGAUUUAGGAAAGGAGUUUUGGUCAGAUGGAUCAUAUCUCCAAUGCAAGUGUAACUGACUGUGUAUGCCAGUGUGGACUAAAAGAGCAGGAGCAGCCAAGAUCAUUGCAUAAAAAUAAGCACAAUUUAUGGUGACAGCUACAUGCACUGCUUUUUUUUUUUGUUUGUUUGUUUGUUUGUGUUUUUGAUGAAUACAGUGUGCCCCGCUUUGAUUUGUUUGCUUGUUCUCUGCAAAGUGGUGAAGUCAAAUAGAUCUAUCUUAUAAUCAACAAGAAAUUCCAUUCUUUCUAUGAAAGUAAAGCAUCUUGUGUGAAAGAAUCACACUUCAUCCUCUCUGAUCCUGGGAUAUGUGGUAAAUAAAUGUUUGAAUGAGCAUAUAUGCUGACCAUCACAUUCUUCUUUGAUGCCUUUUUGUUUUUUUCUUAUAACGUGUAUGAGCUGUUCUGUGACUUAAGUUUUGUUCUGUUUUUGUUUGGAUGUAUUGCUUGGUAUUUGUGUCCGACCAGCAGAAAUGCAUUAAAUGUAUGCUGUGUUUGAUUUGUAUAGAAAUGUGGUUUAAAGAACAAAAUCAGCUGUAAGAAGAAGUAAAAAAAAAAAAAAUCAGGCCUAAUGAAGCUAACAUAAUGUGGCUUAUGGUCUUGUUUGUAUGAAAUAAAAUUUCUAAAUGAAUGCAA